AUGUAUGGUCAUGUAGCAGCAUUAGCCUCAGGUAUUCGAGCUGGUGUUGAAUAUGCUGGAUGUGAUUGUCGUGUUUUUCAAGUUGCUGAAACAUUGUCCGAUGAAGUACUUAAAAAAAUGCAUGCAUUACCUAAAAAUAGAGAUAUACCAAUAAUUAGACCUGAUCAAUUACCUGAAGCUGAUGGUUUUCUAUUUGGCAUGCCUACUCGUUUCGGAACAGUACCUACGCAAAUGAAAACUUUAUUUGAUGCAUGUGGUAGUCAUUGGCUAUCCGAUACAUUGAUCGGCAAACCAGCUGGUGUUUUCUUUUCAACAGCAUCGCUUGGUGGUGGUCAAGAGACAACUGCUCUUUCAUGUGUACCAUUUUUUGCACAUCUCGGAAUGGUUUUUGUUCCAAUUGGCUAUAGAAAUAAAUCUUUAUUGAAUCUUGAUGAAAUACAUGGUGGAUCACCUUACGGUGCGGGAACAUUAGCUGGAACACAAGGUGAACGACAAGUAUCUCAACUUGAACUUCAAGUUGCACAUACACAAGGAAUGGAGUUUGGUAAAAUCGUUUCAAAAUUAAAAUCACCACCAACACAUGUAUAA